AUGGAACCACCUUUAAAUAUGUAUCAAGAUUUUGUAAAAAUUAGACCAGAUUCGCAUUCAUCACAUGACAUGUUGGCACUUAAUGAAGUAUUUAUUGGUGAUAAAAUGCCAGGACGUACUUCUGAAAUGGAGUGCAUAUUUGAUGGAAAUAUGCCCAUAAAAAUAAAAUCAUCAGGACUAUGUAUAAGUACUGGAACUGGAUCAAGUGCAUGGAGUUAUGCAUUGAAUAAAAUUAGUGUUAAUGAAGUUCAAAAGAUUUUAAGUCACAAAUAUUGUCAAAUAUCAAAACAAGAAUGUAUAAAAAUAGCUAAUGAGUAUAACAAAAAUCUAGUUUAUAGACCAGAUUUGGAAUAUUUACAGUACACUAUAAGAGAACCAACAGGAAGAUCACUUUGGCAGUCAAAUGAUGAAUUAAUAAAGUCUGAUAAAAUAAAACAGGCAGAAGUAGAAACUCACUGUGAAGAAGGAUGUAUAAUACUAGAUGGAUUUCUGAUAUAUGUUUUUCCCAAGGGUGCACAAGCUAUUUUAACUUCAAGACCUGAAGAUUCAAUUAAGUCAGUUAUGAUUAAUGUUGACUAA